CACUCUUGUCUGGACUCUGGAGACAUAAAAAAUAAAAAUAAAAGUCUGGACUCAAAUUCACUCGUACUAGUUUAUACUUUUCGGGACUGUGAAAAUCUCACUUGUAGGAGUUUCAGAUCAGAAGCUCAGGUGGAGAAGAAAUUCAAAGAGAUGGGAUCUGGGAGUUUUCUCAAGGUGGUGGCGAAGAACUUUGAUGUUCUUGCUGGGCCUUUGGUUACUCUGGCUUACCCUCUAUAUGCUUCAAUUAGAGCAAUUGAGACCAAAUCUCGUAUAGAUGAUCAGCAAUGGCUCACAUAUUGGGUUCUCUAUUCCAUGAUCACCCUCUUCGAGCUCACCUUUGCUAAAGUUAUUGAGUGGCUCCCUUUUUGGUCUUACGCGAAACUGAUUGUCAGCUGCUGGUUGGUUUUGCCUUACUUCGGUGGGGCUGCAUAUGUAUAUGAGCAUUUCGUUAGACCUUUCUUCGUGAACCCACAAACAGUAAAUAUCUGGUACAUCCCACGGAAGAAGGAUUUUUUCAGUAAGCCAGAUGACAUUCUGACAGCUGCGGAGAAAUACAUUGAACAGAAUGGGACAGAAGCAUUUGAGAAGCUCGUUAAUAGGACUGAUAAAGGGGUGGCAUCCAGGAGUAGCAAUUUCAUGAUCUUUGAUGGUGAUGAUGACUAUAGGUACUGAGCAUUGCAAUUUUCUAUAUUUUCUUUCUUAGCCGCUUUCCCAGCUGAAGCAACACCGUACAGUGAUGUUUACCUUGGUCGUGAGAACCCCUUCAUGGACUAUCCGAUAGUACUAUUUUAGCAGCCGAGGCCUCCUUAUACAGUAGAGAAAGGUAGGGUAGACACUACUAUGUUGGCCUGUUUGUGGAUAUGUAAUGUUUCCUUCCUGUUUUUUUUUUUCCUGGAUGGAGUGUCGUCUUCUGACUUGAACUUGGCUUUGUUCUCCUAUUGUCUUGUACAAGUUUGUGUGCUUAAAGGGCUAUGUAUUUAUAUUGUACAAGUGAUUUUCUUGCAUCUCUUUUGGUAAAAUAGUAUCUCUCUCCAGUUGGUUGA